UGAACAAGCCGCCUCAUAACUGAGCCCUCCCACCCCCCCUAAAGCUAUAGCUAGAGAUCGAGAACCAGAAACAGAAAGAGAAAGCCUUUUCAACAAACAGCUGGUGUACUUGGACAAAGAAACUUGAUGUGCACGCCAUUGUAGGUUCAGAGAGCUCUCAGAGACGACGCUGUUACUCGCCGGGGAAAGCGAAAUGCUGGACUACGAAUGGGGGAACCCGGGCACGAUGAUGCUCUCGGGGGAGGAAGAAACCGCCCCGGACCCGGACCAGGACCAGGCCCGCCAAAUCUUCAACCCCUACACCCAAACCUUCAACAACGGCGGCUUCAAUCCUCAUCCUACGACCGCCGCUUUCUCUCACUUCAACGUUAACCCACAGCAACAAACCCAUUCCCAGCUCCACCACUCGUUCUUCGACCCACGCGCCUUCCCACCACCCACCGCGACGUCCUACCUGCCCACCCAACUGCUCUCCCUCGACCACCCCGUUAGCGGCGGCGCCGGAAGCGGAGGCGGGUACCUGCUGGUCCCGAAGAGCGAAGAGACCGUGUCUCGGCCCGUGGACUUUGUGUCCAGACUCGGGCUUAACCUGGGAGGCCGGACUUACUUCUCGUCGGCCGAGGACGAGUUCGUUAACCGGCUCUAUCGGAGGUCCAGGCCGGCCGAGCAAGGGUCCUCGAACUCCCCCAGGUGUCAGGCCGAGGGGUGCAACGCCGACCUCACCCACGCCAAGCACUACCACCGGCGCCACAAGGUCUGCGAGUUCCACUCCAAGGCCUCCACCGUCAUCGCCGCCGGUUUGACUCAGCGAUUCUGCCAGCAGUGCAGCAGAUUCCAUCUUCUCUCGGAGUUCGAUAACGGAAAACGUAGCUGCCGGAAGAGAUUGGCCGACCACAAUCGUCGCCGGCGAAAGACCCACCAACAAAACCAAGAACACCUGAAAUCCCAGCCUGACAAUGCCCGCAAUUCCUCCUCUGAAAGGUCUCCUCCGGACUCCGGAGCUCACUCAACGUCUUCGGUGACCGUGGCGGUGUCGCCACCGCGAAUGUCAUUGGACUGCUUUAGGCAGCGACCUUAUCACGGCACGGCUUCUUCGGCAUCGUCAAGUUCACUCUUUUUCCCAAGUGGUUAACUUUUCUCAAACUGCAAUUUACGUGCUGUACGUUGUAGAAAUGGAGGACGAAUUAAUAUUGAGCAAUAACAUAGCUGAAUUUUUCUUUCUGGGUUA